CGCUCUCCUGCGGGGCCUCGCCUGGCUCCGCCUUUGCUUCGCUCCCCAGUCUCUCCUCCCUCGAGGCAGAAGGGAUUCCCGGCGCCAGCUGCCACCCCGAGCCCCGCGGAGCAGCGGACUCCUCCCCUGGAAACUCCUCCGGGGCUGGGGGAGCGGCGGCGCAUGCUCCGAACCUUGGGCAGGUUUUUGCUGCGGGUAGCAGGGCUCCUGUCACUCCGGCGGGCGGGUUGUGGCGGUGCCAGCCAGUGCGUGCGAGUGUGUCUGCGUGCCCGCGCCCGGGCGGACCGACCCGGAGCGGCGGCACUCCUCUCCCGGAGCGGCGGCUCCGCACGGGCGCCUCGCCGGCCGCCGCGGCGGGGGCUCCUCGGCAAACUUGCGGCGGUCGCCGGCCGCCCUCGCGGCUCCCGCGCCUCGCCAUCUGAGGGCAGAGGCGCCCGCGCGCGUGCGGAGCGUGGUGCCCGCGGCCGGCCGUGGCGGCGGGGCCCGGCCGCGCCUUCGCCCUUGGCCCGCGCCCCGGCGAGCCCUAUGCAGCCCCCGCGCUCGCGGCCGCAGCUGCCCGGCCGCCCGGCCGCCCGGGGCAGGUCCCGGACCGGAGCCGCUCUCCCCAGCGCCUGAGCGCCCGAGCGCGGGCGGCGGGAUGCCCCGAGUCGCCUGAGAGCGCGCCCCGCGCCCCGGCGGGAGCCAGAAGCGGGCCGAGCCGGGCGCUCCCGGGAGCGCAGGGCGCCCCGCGCCGCCGCCGCCACCGCACGCGCCGGCGCCCGCCUCCCCGCUCGGUCCGAAGGCCCGGCUCCGUCCGUCUCGAGCGCGGGGUGCCGCGGGGCCGCCGGCCCGCCGCUCGCCUCGGCGUCGGGGGCAUGGAGGAGAGGCAGGCUCGGAGCCGCGCCCCUGAGUCCCCGAAACUUCCGAGCGGACGCCCGUCCGCGCCGCUGCCGCCGCCGCUGAGCCUGCCGGCCUGAGACGGGACCAUGGAUGAAAGGUUCAACAAGUGGCUGCUGACGCCCGUGCUCACUCUCCUCUUCGUGGUCAUCAUGUACCAGUACGUGUCCCCCUCCUGCACCAGCUCCUGCGCCAACUUCGCGGAGCGGCCCCGCGCGGGGGAGGCCGGCCAGCCCGCCGCCCCGGGGCCCGCCCGCCGGACGCAGGUGCCGCUCGAAGACGGGGAGCGGCGUCCUCAGCUGCCCCCGCCACCUCGGGGCCCGCCCGAGGGGCUGCGGGGGGCCGUGGCGCCCGAAGACGACAGCGAUGAGCCAGGGGACCCAGAGGAGGAGGAGGAGGAGGCGGAGGAGGAGGGGGAGGAGGAAGAGGAGCCGGACCCCGAGGCCCCGGACCAUGGCUCUCUGCCUCGGUUCGUGCCGCGCUUCAACUUCACCCUGAAGGACCUGACCCGCUUCGUGGAUUUCAACAUCAAAGGGCGCGACGUGAUCGUGUUCCUGCACAUCCAGAAGACCGGGGGCACCACGUUCGGCCGGCACCUGGUGAAGAACAUCCGGCUGGAGCAGCCGUGCAGCUGUAAGGCGGGCCAGAAGAAGUGCACCUGCCACCGGCCCGGCAAGAAGGAGACCUGGCUCUUUUCCCGCUUCUCCACGGGCUGGAGCUGCGGGCUGCACGCCGACUGGACGGAGCUCACCAACUGCGUGCCGGCCAUCAUGGAGAAGAAAGACUUUCCCCGCAACCACAGCCACACCAGGAAUUUCUAUUACAUCACAAUGUUGCGUGAUCCAGUGUCCCGUUACCUGAGCGAAUGGAAACAUGUCCAGAGAGGAGCCACAUGGAAAACCUCCCUCCACAUGUGUGAUGGGAGAAGCCCCACCCCCGAUGAGCUACCUACCUGCUACCCUGGGGAUGACUGGUCUGGGGUUAGCUUGCGAGAGUUCAUGGACUGCACCUACAACCUGGCGAACAACCGCCAGGUGCGCAUGCUGGCGGACCUCAGCCUGGUGGGCUGCUACAACUUGACUUUCAUGAAUGAGAGCGAGAGAAAUACCAUCCUGUUGCAGAGCGCGAAAAACAACCUGAAGAACAUGGCCUUCUUUGGGCUCACAGAAUUCCAGAGGAAGACGCAGUUUCUCUUUGAGAGGACAUUCAACCUCAAGUUCAUCUCUCCCUUCACACAGUUCAACAUCACGCGGGCUUCCAAUGUGGAGAUCAAUGACGGUGCUCGCCAACGCAUUGAGGAGCUCAACUUCCUGGACAUGCAGCUUUAUGAGUAUGCAAAAGAUCUCUUCCAGCAGCGCUACCACCACACCAAGCAGCUGGAGCACCAGAGGGACCGGCAAAAGAGGAGGGAGGAGCGGAGGCUGCAGCGGGAGUCGAGGAGCCACCGGUGGCCCAAAGAGGAUGGGAACACAGAGGGGGCCGUCACCGAGGACUACAACAGUCAGGUGGUGAGAUGGUGACCCCCUGCCUCUCCUCCCUGUGGCGUUACCUUGGAGACUCUUGGGCCAUUCUGAGGGCAUCUGGCUGUAUGUGGCCGGAGGUGGACACCUGCUUCCUCUUUUCC